CCAAUUCCCUUCCCUACCUAUAAAUACUCGUUCCCACACCCAUCUUCUCCACAACCUACCCUACUUGAUCAUUCACCACAUUUCAUUUACACAAAUCAUCAAUGGCCUCUCUUGUAUCCUCAAGUGUUCUUUUACACCUCUUUCUCAUAAUUUCCGCGCUCCAUUUGGGCGCAGCAGCAAGAAUUCUGAGUGAAAAGGACCAACAACAACAAUUGCAGUUCCAAUACCACAAAGGCCCUCUUCUCAGUGGCAAAAUCUCCGUCAAUCUCAUCUGGUACGGUAACUUCAAGCCUUCCCAGCGAGCCAUCAUCUCCGAUUUCAUCACCUCCCUUUCAUCUCACAAAUCCACAGCCCAACCAUCCGUCGCCACGUGGUGGAAAGGUACCCAAAAAUACUACCAACUCAUAAAGUCUUCACCAAAACUCACCCUCACUCUCGGUACCCAAAUCCUCGACGAGAACUACUCCCUAGGAAAAUCACUCACCAACGACAACAUUGUUAGUUUAGCAUCCAAGGGUGCCUCGAAAGACGCCAUCAACGUUGUUCUCACAUCCUCGGACGUAACCGUUGAAGGAUUCUGUUCCAGUAGGUGCGGGACCCAUGGCUCCUCGGUGGGUCCUCGCAAGUUCGCUUACGUGUGGGUGGGGAACUCGGAGACGCAGUGCCCGGGCCAAUGCGCGUGGCCCUUCCAGCAGCCCAUUUACGGCCCACAGAGCCCGCCCUUGGUCGCGCCCAACAACGACGUGGGCCUUGACGGAAUGGUCAUCAACGUGGCUACCCUAUUGGCUGGGACCGUUACCAACCCUUUCGGAAAUGGCUACUUCCAAGGACCCAAAGAGGCUCCGCUAGAAGCCGCUUCCGCUUGCACCGGUGUGUACGGAAAGGGCGCUUACCCUGGCUACGCUGGGGAACUCUUGGUGGACCCCACUACCGGCGCUAGCUACAAUGCUAACGGCGUCAGUGACCGCAAAUAUUUGUUGCCGGCACUCUUUGACCCUACCACUUCAGCUUGUUCUACUCUGGCGUAACACAAACGCACGGUUUUAGCUAGCUUAAUAUUAUUGUUGUUCCAUGUUAGGGAUACACUAUGACACAAGAGAUUCUUUAUUUGUUUAUAGAUUCAUUGUUAUCCGGAUGAAUAAAUAUAUGAAGUUCAAUGUACCAAAGCAAAACAUAUAGUAUAUGUGAAUUCAAUUAUUGGUAUUUCCA